AUGUCGCACCCCCAGAAUACCUACGGCGGACCCCCGCAACCGCCCUACAACAGUGCUGGGUAUGCUCAGCCUGGCUCGCAUCAACAGCAGCAACAGGCCCCCUAUUAUCCAUCACAACAGCCUGGUGGAUAUCCGCCCCAAGGAGCUCCCCCGCAGCAAUAUCCUCCCCCUCGUCAGUACCAACAACAGCCAUAUGGUGCCCCUCCGCCGCAACAACAAUGGCCGGGCCAACCACCGCAACAAUAUCCUCAAGGAGGUCAUCCACCACCGCAGCAGUAUCCGCCUCAGGGGGCAUAUCCUCCGAAUCAAUUCCCUCCACAGGGUCAAUACCCUCCGCAGGGUCAAUAUCCUCCCCAGGGCCAAUAUCCUCCACAUGGCCAAUACCCCCCACCAGGCCAAGGCCAAUAUCCUCCCCAAGGAGGUUACCCGCCGCAAGGCCAACCCGGCUAUCCAGCCCAUCAAGCUCCUCAACCAAUGCCCACCCCACCGUCCCUAGGCUACGAUCCCAACCAACGCGCCCCCGGCGACGCAACCCGCGAAGCCGAAGCUCUCCGUAAAGCGAUGAAAGGCUUCGGCACGGAUGAAAAGGCCCUCAUCAAUAUCCUGACCAAGCCCGACCCCCUGCAAAUGGCACUCAUCAGACACACCUACACCGAUCGCAUCGGCCGCAAUCUCGAAAAAGACCUCAAGUCCGAACUGUCAGGCGACCUGGAAGAUGUUCUCCUCUCCUUAGCCAGAGGUCCGCUCGAGCAGGACGUCGCUGCCGUGCGCGAUGCGUUGUCAGGGAUCGGAACGAACGAAGACAUCCUCACGGAUGUGCUGGUCGGUCGGUCGAAUGCCGACCUGCGUGCGAUCAAGUACGCGUAUGUCGGCAAGUACCAGAAGUCGCUGGUCGAGGAUAUCAAGAGCGAUUUGUCCGGAAAGACGGAGCAAUUCUUUGUCAUGUUGCUGAACGGCACGAGGCCCGAGCCGGGGACAUUUUUCGAUGCGCAUUCUGUUGACGCCGAUGUGCGUGAGAUCCACCAGGCGACGCAGGCGCGCAAGGGGACGGAUGAGACUGGGGUCUUUGCCGUUUUUAUGGCUGCGUCGGAUGCGAAACUUGUUGCGAUCGCGCAGGCCUUUGAGACAAAGUAUCAUACUAGCCUGGAAAAGGUGAUCAAGGCUGAGUUCUCGGGACAUCUGGAAGAUGCGUUGCUGUCGAUGCUGUCUAAGGCGAAGGAUCCUGUUGGUCAUGACGCGGAGAAGAUCCUCAAGUGUUUGCCUACUGGGGUUGGAAAAGUGGAUAUCAAGCGGUUGAUCUACUGGGUUGUUCACCUGCAUUGGAACCCGCCUCAUUUUGCCGCGGUCAAGGCGCGGCUGAAGCAGAAGCUCGGCCAUGAUAUCGGCAACCAAUGGAGAGGAGCCAUUGCCCCAGGAGACUUUCUGGAUGCUAUGCGCCAGGUGUGGAAUUCGGCAUGA